GAAGAACGCGACGUUGUAAGAGAGCUGCGCCACCGCGACGAACGAAACGUACCAGAAAGGAACGAUCAUCAUCUUCAAGGGCUUCUAGUCGUCAGGGCUAGUUCCCUCUUCCUGCAAGACAUGAUUUUACGAAAAGUUAAUAUCUUUCUCCCACCAGCACAAGGAAUCGAAAUAUCUUCAACAUUGACGUAUUUUUCAAGAUCCCAACUAUUUAAGUGGAUGAACAGCUACCCAUUCGAAUUUGAAUGCCAACCUGUUUAGGAUGUAUUUGUUACUCUUGAAUUAGAAGAUGAUGAUGUUGAUGCUGAAAAUAAAUAAACAAACUUGAAACUACUUAUGAUUUACCAAAAAUUAUUCCUUCUAAUGAGUCCACCUCGACCUACUACUUCGUUUUAUAAACGUAAGCGAGAACAAAAAACUAAGACUAGAGAGGUAUAGACGAGCUCUAAUGAUCACUACAGAAGAAAAAGGCACGCAUGAAGACGAUGCGUCAAUACCAAACACAUUUUGGCACAAGGAGAUUGCCAGAAAGACUUAUUCGCAAGUUGACGAGAUGUUUAACAGAAUCGCAAACGACUGAUGAAGACUAGACAUGCUUAUGCAGCAGGAUCCGUCAGCUACUGUAGAUUGAGGAUGGUGUGAGGCUGCUCCCGUGUGUCGCGGACGAGCGCAGAUAAGCGGUAAUCAUGGAGAAUUGAGAUAAGCAAAAGCAGGGGCACAGGCACUCUCAUGCAGAUGCUGAAAUGAAAAAUGUGAAAUCAUGUCUAUACGUCGAGUAGGAGUAAAGAAGUUCUUGUUGUUUUUUCGUCUCAGCCUGAGACUCUCAGGUCCACCAGAUUAUAAUUUAGACUAUGUUCAAUAGUGAUAGUAGUUCGCUUAAUUAUGACCAUCGAUCUUAUUCAAUCAGUAUCAGUACUAGUACUCAUCAACAGAGGAAAUUUAUGGC